UGAAUGUAUGCCAUAUACCGCGUAACAGAUAUGCUUAAAUCGAUAAGUCACCGAAAGAGCUAAGAAUUUCUGUUAAGAGUUCGAUCCAGAUUGUAUUUAUUCAAUGUUGGUAUAUCGGUGCACUGCCAGACGUUCGUUCAAGAGGCGAAAGUAAACAAUAGUACCGCUUAUUUGAAGAAAACACAUAUCAUUCAGUACAGAUUGACACAACUUAACCAACAUAACACCUGAUCUUCAAAAUGGUAAAAGCAAAAAAGUUUAUUCUAAAGGCGCCGUUUGACGGCUUUCCAAAACGAAGUGACUUCGAACUUCAGGAAGAGGAUCUCCCAGCGUUGAAGGAUGGAGAAUACCUUGCAGAGGCAUUGUUUCUUAGCGUGGACCCCUAUAUGAGAGGAUAUAUGGCCAGAUUACCACCUCGUUCAGUAAUGAUAGGAAUCCAGGUAGCAAAGGUGUUGGAAAGUAGAAACAAGGACUACACCCCUGGUGAACUUGUUGUACUGCAGUCAGGUUGGAGGACGCAUACCAUAUCAGAUGGGAAAACGAACGGUGACUACAAACUACCCCCAAUGGGCGACCUGAGUCCUUCACUGGGAUGUGGAUCUGUUGGGAUGCCAGGUAUGACUGCCUAUUUCGGGUUCCUAGAAUUGUGCCAACCUAAGGCAGGUGAGACAGUAGUGGUAUCUGGCGCGGCAGGAGCUGUAGGAAGCCUGGUUGGACAAAUUGCAAAAUUAAAGAAAUGUAAAGUGAUUGGGUAUGCUGGAACUGAUGCAAAGUGUAAAUGGCUGAAAGAAGAACUCGGUUUCGAUCAUGCUUUCAACUAUAAAACUAAGGACAUAGGGCAGUCUCUAAAGGAAGCGGCUCCUGAAGGAGUUGACUGCUAUUUUGAUAAUGUUGGUGGCAUGACUGCGGUGACAGUGAUGAAUCAUAUGAAUCUAUUUGGCAGGAUUGCGAACUGUGGCUCCAUCUCAUCUUACAAUGAUACAGAAGUUGCAACGGGUCCUUAUAUAUUCGCGCUGAUGGUCAGACAACAACUCCGCAGUGAAGGGUUUAAUGUACUCCGAUGGAGAGAUAGUUGGCCUAAAGGAUUGAUGCAAAUGAUAGAGUGGAUAAAAGAGGGUAAGGUGAAAGUCAGGGAGCACGUGACAUAUGGCUUCGAGAAAAUGCCAGAGGCUUUCAUGGGAAUGCUUCGCGGAGAAAACACUGGGAAGGCAGUAGUUGCUGCUAAGUAAUCGUAGAAAUACCAACAAAACUUGGACAAACCAUGCCAUGAACUACAAAAAAUGAAGACACACAUCAACCUUGGUCUAAAGCUACAUCACUUCUAGCUGGUGGUUGCAAUGUAGUCCAAUGGCGGUGAAAGUGCCUCGUAUUUUUGGAGAUUAUAAAUGUUAUUUCAAAAGGACAUCAAACGCAUGCAUUUUUAUGACAACUGUGAUUUGGUACAAGCAAUACUGUCAUUUAAAAGUGUUAAUUUCUAUUUAAGUAUACUAUUAAUUGAGGGUAGUUGGAUUGACCAGCAGGGCAUUUUAAUAUAGGCCUCUCGUAUAUACAUAAUCACUGUGAUAAUACAUGUGGAAUAUGUAUAGGCUAAAAUCUGAAAUAUUUAAUAAACAAAGAAAUAUGUAACUACCACUACCAUCUGUUUAUGAAUAUAGAGCAAGGCCUCUAUCAGUCAUCAUCCACACUAGAGAUGCUUGCAAUUCAGAUGCUUUCAGCAUAAGACCAAGUUACCAUUGCAUUAAAAACAAAGAAAAAGAAAAAACGUAUUCUUUUUUGGGGAAUUUAUUGUGUAACCAUUUACUUUUACACCGCUAUAUUCAUAGAAAAAUUAAUACAUUUUACU